UAAACACACACACUCACAAAACACACACACACACACACCACGCAAACCACAAGCGCCGCACCCUCUCUCUCGUCUGCACUCUCCGGUCGAUGGCGGCAGCGUCGCCGCUGCGCCAUGACAGCGUCUCCUCCCCUUCUCGCAUCACUCUCCGUCUUCCUCUCUUUCACCCUCUGUCGCCGCUGUCUUCAUGUCGCCGCCAGCCUCCAUCCUCGCCGCCUCCACCUCGCCAGAAAUUAUGGCUCUUUCAUCUUUCGUCGCCACCGUUCUUCCCACGGCCGCUUCCACCCUCCUCCCUCUUCCGUCGUCGUGCCAGAAUUUAAGGCUCUUUUGGGUGUGCUAUUUUUUUUUUGGCUCUAUUUUUAGCUGUGCGAUUUGGGGUCUGGUUUGGAGGAAAAAUAGAGUGGCGAUUCAGGCGGGUGAAGGGUGCGAUGGAUGCGCCUAGUCGAGGGAGAGAGAGGCGAUGGCCGUUGCACCUUGUGGGUGUCUGGUUUAGGGCCUCCGCCGCCGCCUCUGAAAUCUCCGGCGAGUCGGUCGGCUUUGUCCCCACGGUUCCCUUCCUCAACUCUCUCUCUCUCACCUCUUUGAUUUUGGGGGAAAUUUUGAAUUUUGGGAUUUGAAAAGAUGAGAUUUUUAGGGUUUGGAGAUUGAGUGGAGAUUGGCGGUGGCGAGGGUGGUGGUUGUUGGCAGAUUUGAGGAAGGCGACGGUGGUGGGGGUGGUGCUCUUGAAUCUAAAGGUGGCGACGGCGAGAAUGGAGAAAAAGGUGAGGGUGUGUUCUGGUUUAAGGGUGAGGGUGGCUGAUUCCGGCGACUUCGCCGGAGGUGAGGGUGGUUGAUGGCGGCGACUUUGCCGGAGGAGGGAGGCGGUGGAUGAAGAAGAAAGUGAAAGGAGGAAAAAAGUCUCUUAAUUAACUCAUUAAUUUUGAUUGAAUUUGAAAUUGCAUAGCAGAAGAUGCAUGUGGAAUGGAAUCCUAUUUGUUUCUGUAUCGAAACAUUUAUAAAGAUCUUCACUGGCCAAACAUUUAUAAAGAUCUUCAUUGGCCAGCCCUUAGCAUUGCAGGGUGCUUCGUUUUUGUAGCAUUAGUUCUUUCACUUCUCCUCACUUUCCAGCAUCUCCGAUGGUACACCAGACCUUCGGAGCAAAAGUGGAUUGUUUCUGUUAUCUUUAUUGUCCCGGUGUAUGCAACUGAAUCAAUUCUGUCCUUGUGGAAUGCACACUUGUCCCUUGCUUGUGAUAUAUUGAGAAACUGCUAUGAAGCAUUUGCUCUUUAUGCAUUUGGGAGCUACUUGGUUGCGUGCCUUGGUGGUGAACUACAAGUCAUGGAGUUUCUUGACGAGGAAGCAAAGAAGCAAAUCAGCAAGCCAUUGCUCGAAGGGGAAAAGAGUUCUCAACAACAGGGGAAAAGAUUUUGCAACUUCUUCUUCCAUCCAUGUUUGGUUGGAAGGGAGUUGUUCUCUAUCAUAAAAUUUGGUCUAGUACAAUAUAUGAUUAUGAAGACUGUUUGCGCUCUCUUGGCACUCGUCCUUGAGUUAUGUGGAGUGUAUGGUGAUGGAGAAUUUAAGUGGCACUAUGGGUACCCAUAUAUAACAAUAGUUCUGAAUUUUAGCCAGAUGUGGGCCUUGUAUUGCCUUGUCCAGUUUUACAAUGUAACACAUCGAAAACUCCAGCCCAUAAAACCGCUUGCAAAGUUUAUAAGCUUCAAGGCUAUUGUAUUCGCAACAUGGUGGCAAGGUGUUGGCAUUGUCCUGUUGUGCACUUUUGGUGCUUUGCCGAAGGAGGGAAAGUUUCAAUCCGGGCUGCAGGAUUUUAUGAUUUGCAUCGAGAUGGCAAUUGCAGCUAUAGCUCACAUAUUUGUCUUCUCGGCAAAACCCUAUCAUUUCAUACCGCCACCAACGUAUGGAAAGGUUACCACCCAAGAGACAACUUCUGUAGUUGAGAUAGAGGAAGGUGAUAAAGAAGAAGAGGCAGUGGUUGAGGAAACGGAAACCAAGGUCGAGGCACCUGGAACAAAUAUAAAAGAAAGCGUUCAGGAUAUUGUCGUUGAAGGAGGCCAAAAGGUUGUGAAGGACGUCGUGUUGACUAUCAACCAGGCAAUCGAGCCAGUGCAUGAUGGCAUGACGAAGAUCCAGGAGACAUUCCAUCAUUUAUCAGUGUCAUCUGGUAAUAAAGACGAGCCGCCAGACAUGAAGAUCAGAGAGCACCAUAAGAAUAUUAUAAAGGAACCCGACUGAUCAAUUGUGGAUUUGUGUGACGCUUUACUUGAGGUUUGAAUGUUCGGAGUUAGUGGGGAACUCUACUUUGAGGUUAAUUUACCAUGUAUUUGUUACACGAACUAACUGUAUUUUGAUUGCUUAGACAUUUAUAAAUGUGUUAGUGGUGCGAAAUGUACAAUCUGGAUAGUGGAAAUACAAUGUUGGUUACAAAUUUAGUUUUAAUAAUUUUUAGCCACUUUUGAUAUGAAAA